AUGGACGUAACCCUCCAACAGACGCUACAACAUGCAUGGGACGAGAGUUGGAGCGCGUUGCGCGUGUACACUGCGCUCAAGCAGCAAUCUGAUCCCAUGGCGCUGGAUGCGUCAUUUAAUCCAAAUGAAGCUCCUCGUGAGCGUGUCUACGACUGGACUGUGGACCGUCGGAUCCAGGCACCUGAUGGCGUGCCGCGUCUCAUGUACACAAUCAAUGGAAAAUUCCCAGGACCUACCAUACAAGCCACAGUGGGUGACACAGUUGUUGUCCACGUUCGUAAUCAUAUUUGGGAUGACUAUCAAGUUCCAGAGCCUCCUAUUACUUCUAAGUUGGACCACGUUCAUCCCGAAGGCACUGAUCGCAAGUUUGCUAUCCACUGGCAUGGCCUGUCAAUGCGAGGAACCCAAGUAAUGGAUGGUGCCGCCGCAUUCACAUCCUGUCCGUUAAAACCAGGCAACGAAACAACAUAUCGUUUUGUUGUGCACCCGGAGGAUGUCGGCACGCAUUGGUACCAUUCACAUGUGGGUACGUCACGCGCCGAUGGUUUGUGGGGUAUGUUGAUUGUGCAUGCCCGGGAGGACGAGCGUAAAGUCCUGAAGGAACGUGCACCAGCGCAUGAAACACACUGGGAUGAGGAAGUCGCCAUUGCUGUGGGCGAUCACUUUCAUGAAAUGAGCCCCCAGAGUCUUGGGAAGUACGUCUCCAUUAUCUUGUCCAGCGCUGAGCCUGUGCCCGACAGCGGGCUCAUUAAUGGUAAACACAUUUUCUCCUGUAACAUGUCGCGCAUAACCGAUGUGCCUUGUCCCGCAGGUGAUAAGGAUGAAGUGGGAGAAUAUGCACAGUUCCAUUUGCGUCAUGACCAGCAAUAUCGCCUGCGUCUUGUGAAUGUAGGCUCACUAGCUGACGUCAUGUUUAGCGUCGACGAGCACACUAUGACAGUCAUUGAGGCGGACGGUGUGCUUGUCGAGCCUAUGAAAGUACAUCGUAUCCCCAUUUCACCGGGGCAGAGAUACUCAGUGAUUCUGCACCGUGAGCCGAGCAGCAAACGGCACGAGCGCGUUUGGAUGCGCGCAGAACUUGAGGGUGAAUGCUUCAAGUAUAUGAAUCCCGUUCUAGAUCCAUUCCUCAAGGCCAUCGUCACUUACGACGUUAACAUGCCGCCACUAUCGGGCGGCUGGCUGUCGCCACUCCGCGCUCGGCAGCUCUUUGGCCAACAGGCGACAGAAAAGCAUCGUCGGUAUACGUCGGCAUCAAAGCGGCCUACCACCCAAGCUUGGAGUCCAGAUAUUAAGGACGAAGGGAUCCCAUCCGAGCCAUGCCACGACCUGGAGCCUGGUACACUUGUGCCGCUUAUUCCCGAUCCAGCGCCAGAGUUUAUUCCUGAGCGAGGUGAUCGACGCGAGUUCAUCAACAUUGAGGUAUUGACGCGUCAAAAACUUCGCGUGCCUAUGGCCUAUAUGAACUUGACGUCUUGGCGUCCUUACGGCGCGCGUGGACCCUCGCAACAACCACUUCUACAUCGUAUCUCGCAUACAAAUUACUCGACGGUUGAGGACUGGGAGCAGCAUGGCCUAGUCAACCGUGAGCACGAAUUGGUCGUGAGUCCUCACCCUACCAAUCCCGUCGUGUAUGAGCUCGUUCUCAUCAACUUGGAUGAUGGUCCGCAUCCUUUCCAUUUGCAUGGCCACAAGUUCUGGGUUUUACAUACAGGUGAGAUGGAAAUUCCCGCAUAUCGCUAUAAGCCUGAAGUGCAGCGAGAGUUCGAUUUGCAACGUGCUAUGAAGCGUGACACAGUCGUCGUUCCUAUGCUGGGACAUGCAAUAAUUCGUUGGGUCGCUGAUAACCCAGGUGUGUGGGCUUUUCAUUGCCAUAUGCUUGUUCAUCUCGCGAGCGGCAUGGCAAUGGCUAUCGUUGAACAGCCAACGGUUCUACAAACCCAGCCUCUUGUGCCACAGUCAUGUCAAUAG